UCCAGGCCGGAACCCAAGAUGGCUGCGCUCUUGUUGAGACAUGUUGGCCGUCGUUGCCUCCAUGCCCAUCUUGGUCCUCAGCUCUGCAUCAGAAAUACUGUUCCUUUGGGAACAUCAGCCAAAGAAGAGAUGGAGAGGUUCUGGAAUAAGAACACUAGUUCAAACCGUCCUUUAUCUCCCCACAUCACUAUCUACAGUUGGUCUCUCCCUAUGGCCAUGUCUAUCUGCCAUCGUGGUACCGGUGUUGCCUUGAGUGCAGGGGUCUCUCUUUUUGGCUUGUCGGCCCUGUUGGUCCCUGGGAACUUUGAGUCUCAUUUGGAACUUGUGAAAUGCCUGUAUCUGGGACCAGCGCUGAUCCACACAGCCAAGUUUGCACUUGCCUUCCCUCUCAUGUAUCACACCUGGAAUGGGGUCCGACACUUGAUGUGGGACAUGGGAAAAGGCCUGAAGAUUCCCCAGCUGUACCAGUCGGGAGUGGCUGUCCUAGUGCUCACUGUGCUGUCCUCCGUGGGGCUGGCAGCCAUGUGAAGAGCUGAAGCCGCAUCGCCCCAUAAAUGACACAGCCUAGCUUCCUGAUGGUCACUUGCUCCAGCUGGGCCAACGCUCCCUGAUUUGUUUAGAUUGCUUUGUGCUUGCGGCUGCCCCUAGAGCACAGUAGCUGUAGAGUAGCUUUUGGAACCAUAGUAGUAGAAAAGGGUCCAAUUUCUUCUGUUUCCAAAGAUAAAAUAACUGCAAAAGCUCCCUUUUCUUGCCCCCAGCUUUCAGCCUGCUCUGGUCUAGGAACCCUAAUCCUCUCUCCAUAUUCAGCCUUAAUUUGUGCUGAGGGUCAGCUUUUGGCUCUUUCUUCAUGAGACAGUAGAAACAAUGCCAGCUCUGUGGCCUGGCUGGGCCUGGAAGCAAGGUUUUGGGUGCCUCUGCCUGUGGGCUGCUGGCUUAAAGGACAGUUCUGUUCAGUGGUCAGAGCCUAGGGUCUUCAGCGCCCACACAGUGUGACUAAAAGGGGAGGGUGGGGGUGGUGGUGGGGAGAUAGCCUGCUCCAGAGAGAGAAGUGAAAGGCUGAGUUGGUUCUUGGAGCAGGUGAUUUGG